UCCUUUUUUACACCAUAUCCUCAGACUCCAGCCUUUUCUAUUUUUAGCCAUGAAAACUCAGGCACUUCUUCUACCUCUCUUCUUCCUCCUCCUCGUCGGAUUCUCCGCGGCUCACUCGAGAAAAAUCAUCCAGUCACACAAGCCUUGCAAACGUCUGAUAUUUUAUUUCCACGACAUUCUCUACAACGGCCACAACUCCAAGAACGCCACCGCAGCCAUCGUAGGCGCGCCGGCAGGAUCCAACAUGACGAUCCUGGCCGGCCAGAACCAUUUCGGGAACGUCGUCGUUUUCGACGACCCCGUAACGCUGGACAACAAUCUGCAUUCCCCACCCGUGGGCCGAGCACAAGGGUUCUACAUGUACGACAAGAAAGAGAUCUUCACUGCAUGGCUAGGGUUUUCGAUGGUGUUCAAUUCGACGCAGCAUAGAGGGAGUAUUAAUUUCGCGGGAGCUGAUCCGUUGAUGAACAAGACGAGGGAUAUUUCGGUGAUCGGUGGAACGGGAGAUUUUUUUAUGACGAGAGGGAUAGCUACGUUGAUGACUGAUGCUUAUGAAGGUGAAGUGUACUUUAGGCUUAAGGCUGAUAUUAAGUUGUAUGAAUGCUGGUCAGUUUGAUGUCUUUGGGUUCUCAUGAAUUUUGAGGAUCUUUGGUUGUUAUUUUUUAUUUGAAUUGUAUUUGUUGUGGGCAAAAUUUCCACCUAUGUUUACUCUUGUUUUUAGUUAAAGAAGGAGCUUGUCUUUUGCUUUGGUGUUA